AUGGCGCACGCGGCCGGGGAUGAGGGCGAAUGGAAGCGGGUGGCUGUGGCCUCCUUUGGGUCCUUCCUCACAACAGGCGCCUGCAAAUCAGGACAAAGAGGCGUGGGCAGGCCACUGAGCUCUGCUGGUGCCAUCAUGGCGGAGAAAGUGAACAACUUCCCACCAUUGCCCAAAUUCAUCCCUCUGAAGCCAUGUUUCUACCAAGACUUCGAGGCAGACAUUCCUCCCCAGCAUCUCAGCAUGACCAAGCGCCUCUACUACCUCUGGAUAUUGAACAGCGUCACGCUGGCCGUGAACCUGGUGGGCUGUCUCGCGUGGCUGAUCGGAGGUGGGGGAGCCACCAACUUUGGCCUCGCCUUUCUCUGGCUCAUCCUCUUCACACCUUGCUCCUACGUCUGCUGGUUUCGGCCCAUUUACAAGGCCUUCAAGACUGACAGCUCCUUCAGCUUCAUGGCAUUCUUCUUCACCUUCAUGGCCCAGAUGGUCAUCAGCAUCAUCCAAGCUGUGGGCAUCCCAGGCUGGGGUGUCUGCGGCUGGAUCGCCACCAUCUCCUUCUUUGGGACGAACGUCGGCUCAGCGGUGGUGAUGCUCAUUCCCACUAUCAUGUUCACGGUUGUGGCCGUCUUUUCCUUCAUCGCCCUCAGCAUGGUUCAUAAAUUCUACAGGGGCAGUGGAGGGAGUUUCAGCAAAGCCCAGGAGGAGUGGACCACGGGGGCAUGGAAGAACCCACACGUGCAGCAGGCAGCCCAGAAUGCAGCCAUGGGGGCAGCACAGGGUGCCAUGAAUCCACCGCAGACUCAGUAUUCUGCCACCCCCAACUACACGUACUCCAAUGAGAUGUGA